GACAAGACAACCCAGUGGAAGAAACUGAAGAGACGUGACAAUAUCUUUCAGUCAACAACUUGCUCUUUGCAUGUCUCUUCAUAGAAAAAACAAGCGUGGACUACGUUCACAAUUCAAGCACAUAGCCAGCAUUGUGAGAACCACAGACCGGUAACAAAAAGCUGCAAAACAAUUAGAAAAUGAAGUUCAUCUUGAUCCAGUGGAUUGAAGAUCCCCCAACAUGGGAUGUACUUCCUAUAGACAAAAUUGUAAACGGCCGCUGUGAAAUUGGGGGUAUUUGCGAUGUGUCUUACAAUGAAGAAUCCAGCCCAGCAAAAAUUUUGAACAUUGGAACUAGAUCUGCCAUGAUGAAGCAGCUUUACUGUGUGGAAAGAGAUGGCCAGGCCAGAAACAGACCACAGCAAGAUGAAGAAGUAGGGCGAGGACAGCGCAAGAAAUAUCGUAGGAUACUGUCUGAUUCAGAGAGCAGUGAGGAAUUUCAGUCUGUUGAAAAGCAAGUGUCUGCAAAGAAGAUCCAAGCGAUAAGAGCCAGAUCCUUUCUAGAGCAGUAUAAGGCGGACAAAGAAUCAAGUAAAGAUGCAGCAACCUCAAAGACUGCAACAUCAGGAAAUGAAAGUGAAUUAAAUGAGCAAAUAUUGGGAGAAUUAAAAGAAAUUAAAAGUGUUCUGGUAGAAACUUUAACACUUUUGAAAAAUGGAUGCACUCCAUUAUUAACUGCACCAGUUACCAGUUCACUGGUAACUCCCCCUGAACCUGCUUCUGAUUUACUUGCUCAAGAGUCUUCCCCUGUGCUACCUGCCCCAAGGGCCUGUCUACAACCUCUUCAUGUAAAGGACACUAGGAGCAUUGGUGACUGCAAAAAGGUGAGAAUUGGCCCUAACACAUCCAUCACUGCAGAACAGUUUGGUCAUGUAAAGUGGACAGAUGCUAAAAAGGCAACAAAAGACCUCCUGAUUUCAGUGUUCGGAAGAAGAAUACUGGCAACACACUGCUACACUGGGAAAUGUUCCAAUGCCUUCAAGAACAAAGACGCUAAACCUCAACUGGAUCCUGAAAAAGUGUCUGACAUCAUUAGCUACAUCAAAAGUAAAUUCAACACAGAAGUGAGCGUAAUUAAAAAAGCCAUCUCGGAGAAAUGCUCAGAUGAAUGCAAAUUAUCCAAAAGACGUAACUGUGUGUGAUAAUAAUUGAAUUUUGCAGUGAUUUUUUGUUUGUA